AUGUUCGCAACACAAUCCCCCCAAACUCCCUUCCGCCAAACCCACACUCCAACCCGCCCCUCUCCGCUCAGCAAACACAACACAACGCCCAGAUGGACCAUGUCCCCGACGCGUAGCAUGCAAAGCGCGUCGCAAAGCACAGCAUCAAACCCAUUCGACAACCCGCCACCAACCUUCAACAUCCAAACCGAGCCCAUCACGCGACACACGCACAACCACCACUCCCCUAUCCCAAUGAACUUCACUGUAUCCGUGUCAGCUUCAACAACACCAACCUCCUCGAACCCAUUCGCCCUACGAACGCAAACACCCACCUCACCUUCCUCGCCCACCCGCCAAACGCCCAAGCCAAAAUACGCAGCGCGCUAUGCUUCUACAAUCGCGAAUCCACUCCAGCGCGCGGCAGGUCUGGCGCGCUCGAACACGCGUCAGAUGUUUCUCAAUCGCGUGCGUCAUGAGCGUGAUGAUGGGCGCUUCGAGGCGCGGGGAGAGCAGAUGAUGCGGAUGGAGCAUCUUGCUGACCGGAGACGGUGGGAGGAGUCUAUGGCGAGGGAUGGGGAGGGAGUUGUUGGGGGGUGUGAGGAGGAUGAGGAUGAUCUGCUUCCUGAUGAUACCGAUGCACUUGAUGAGUUUAUCUCUCAGGAAGAGGCUAUGGAAAUGGCCUUAAUGGACACGCAUAGUGGGGUUCCUGCAAGGGUUGGGGAUCUACGGUCUACUGGGCCCGGUGUUCUGUUCAGUGAUGAUGAGUAUGAUGAUAUCUUUAUAGGGUUGUCGGACCCUCGAGCAGAUCAGUGUCAGUCUCAAUCUCAGGAUAUGGAUAUGUCGUGA